AUGUCUUCCCUCACUAGGAACACCGAGUCAACCCCGCUACUAGACCACGAUCAAGUCAGCGUACCUGAAAUCCUGGAAGAUGUCGAUGAACAAUCCCUGGAUCUGGACCUUGCCAGGAUCCAGUCGAUCCCCCAUGGCGGCGAGACUGAUCCCGGAUUUCCUCCCGUGUCUGACGGGGAUAAUAGCACGCCUCAGGGCGCCGAACUGAACACGGCAAAAGGUCCGCACCACUUCAUCAACGUCAGCCCUGCCCAGUUUUGGGUUAUCUUUGCUGGCAUCUUAUUCUCCUACAUUCUUGCGUUCUUCGAUUCGACCUUGAUGGGCUCUAUACAUCCUGUCGUCACCUCACACUUUGAUUCAGCCAAUUCUGCCUCGUGGCUAUCGACCGGGUUCCUCCUAACAUGCACAGCUUUCCAGCCGCUUUUCGGUCGGAUAUCCGACACGUUCGGGAGACGACCGGUAUAUCUGUUUUCGAUUGUGAUGUUUUUUGUCACCACAGCUUGGUGUGCAAUGGCUCAGAGUAUUGGGAGCUUUAUAGCUGCAAGGGUCUGCUGUGGACUGGGAGCCGGCGCUGUCACCUCCCUUGGAAUGAUUAUGAGCUCAGACCUCAUAUAUGUUGAGUAUAGAGGGAUAUACCAGUCAUAUAUCAAUAUCGCGUAUGGAACUGGAUCCUCUCUCGGCCUUGCUUUUGGGGGUCUGUUAGCAGACAGCCUGGGUUGGAGAGCGGCGUUUGGGGUACAGUUGCCUUUUAUACUCGUGUACCUCGUAGCGGCUUACUUGACGACCCCGCGUUCCCUCGGGCCCGAAUUGGCGUACCAAGAAGGAUUCUCCUUGUUACAGGCGAUCAAGUCGAUCGACUUGAAAGGCUCAUUUCUAUUGGUCUCCGGUGUGACCGCGUUGAUGCUUGGGAUCAACCUUGGUGGAAACGUUUUAUCCUGGGGCCACCCGCUAGUGAUCUCCUCGCUGAUAGCUUUCUGUGUGCUUACCGCUUUGUUCAUCAGAGUCGAGCAAAGCGCAAAGAGACCAGUAAUGCCAUUGCCAUUGCUAUCAAGUUCGCCCCGUGCAAAUCUGAUCUUUGGUAACUUCUUCGCAAACAUCACGAUCAACACGAUUCUAUUCAAUGCGCCUCUAUAUUUCCAAGCAGUCAAGCUGGAAUCCCCUACCCAAGCAGGCUUUCGCCUGGUAGGAGCAUCGCUAAUGCUCAUGCUAAGCUGUGUAUUCACUGGGGCCCUGAUCACAACGACACGCCGACUUAAGCCUCCACUUCUCAUGGGAAGUUUAUGCCUGAUCUGUGGGACCCUCUCCAUGAGUAAGUUGCAUCGCGAUAUCCCAGGGUGGAAAGGAAUGCUGUCAGUGAUCCCGUCCAGCUUUGGGCAGGGCUUCGCAUUUCCAGCCACCAUGUUGUCCGUCCUGGCUGUUAGCAGCCAAGCGGAGCAGGCCGUUGUGACCACGACGCUUGGCUUGUUCCGCAACCUAGGGUCGGUGAUGGGCGUUGCAGUCAGUAGUUGGAUCCUUCAAAACUCCCUACUUGUGUACCUCAACCGAUCAGUGACGGGAGACGACAAAGCAGAGAUCAUCCGACGUGUCCGGAGAUCAGUCUCUGCGAUAUCUAACCUCGAUCGGAUCCAUCAAAAUCAAGUCAUCCAUGCAUACGAAAAUGCGCUUCACAUGACCUUUCUCUCCACCAUCUUCCCAUCGCUCGUGGUAUUGUUUCUUCUUGCGCCCGUUAGGUUGCCUCGACUCCGCCGUCGGGAGCCCAAUGCCUGA